AUGGCCGCCGCCGCCACCUCUAGUUCCGCCGCAAUCGUGUCAGCAACCUCCGCCCACAUAGCCGCCGGACGCCUCUUUGCUGCCCUAGACACCCUCACCCCUGCCUGGUACUCCUCCCGGAUUCCUUCCUCUCUCUACGCAUCCCUCCUCCGCUUGGCCACGUCCCACCGCUCCCUCUCUGCCGCCCGCCGUAUCGCGGCCCACUUCGUCACUUCCACGUAUUCCCCCUCCACCUCCACCUCCCGCUCACCAGUACCCACCUUCCUUUUGAACCGCGCAAUCGAGUCUCUUGCAGCCUGCGGCAGCCUCGCCGACGCGCGGGAACUGUUUGAUUUAAUGCCUCGCCGGGAUGGUGGAUCUUGGAAUGCUAUCAUCUAUGCUUCAUCCCGCGCCGGGAAGCCCACUGAGGCGCUUUCCCUCUUUGCCAAUAUGUACUCCCUCGGCGUUCGUCCCAGCGAUGUUACAAUGGCAUCAGUGCUCGCCUGUUGUGCCGAGUGCCUCAACCUGUGUGGUGCCCAGCAGCUCCACGGCCAUAUCUCAAAGCGGCACUUGCAGUCCAACGUCAUUCUUGGCACGGCACUGGUCGAUGUGUACGGGAAGUGUUUGUUGCUUCCACAGGCGAGGCGGGCAUUUGAUGGUAUUUCGGAACCUAAUGCCAUUUCAUGGAAUGUCAUUAUCCGGCGUUAUCUUCUUGCUGGGAUGGGGGAUAUGGCGGUUGACAUGUUCUUCAGGAUGGUCUGGGCAGGAGUUAGGCCGCUUGUUUAUACUGUUUCCCAUGCAAUUAGCGCUUGCCGGGAUAACAAUGCGCUUAAAGAAGGACGGUGCAUACAUACUUUUGUGCUCCGACAUGGGUAUGAGCAGCAUGUGCAUGUGCAGAGCGCGGUCGUGGAUCUGUACGCCAAAUGUGGUGCCAUCGAUGCAGCCCAAAGGCUCUUCAACCUGGCACCAGUGAAGGACAUGGUAAUAUCAACUUCAAUUUUGUCUGGACUUGCUUCUUGUGGGAGGAUUGAUGAUGCAAAGAGGGUGUUCGAGGGAAUGGAAGAGCGCAAUCUAGUGUCCUGGAAUGCUAUGUUAACCGGCUAUAUCAGGUCCAUGGAUCUGACUGGUGCUUUGCAUUUCUUCCAACAGAUGAGGAAGGAGACAAAGGAGUUUGAUGCUGUUACACUUGGUUCAGUGCUCAAUGCUUGUACUGGGAUGCUUGAUAUCGGGAAAGGUGAGGAGGUUCAUGCAUUCGCUUUCAAGUCUGGUUUGUUCAGUCACCCUUUCCUGAAGAAUGCUCUUCUGAGGAUGUACUGCAAGUGCGGAUGUCUGAGGAGUGCAGAACGGCUUCUUGUAUUCGAGAUGGGAUCAGACAGAGACAUAUACUCCUGGAACUCGCUUAUCUCAGGUUAUGAACGCCACUCCAUGAGUGAAGCAGCUCUUUAUGUACUGAGUGAGAUGCAAUCUGAGGUAACUCCUUACCAGUCCACGUUCAGCUCGGCGCUGGCAGCCUGUGCCAACAUUUUUCUGCUUAAGCACGGCAAGCAGAUUCACGCGUACGUAAUCAGAAACGGCUAUGAGGUUGAUGAUAUACUGCGAAGUGCACUGGUUGACAUGUACUGCAAGUGCGGGCUGUUGGAGUGUGCCAUCAGGGUAUUUGAGGCAGGGCCAUCUCGUGACGUCAUCCUGUGGAAUUCAAUGAUCUUCGGAUGUGCUCACAGUGGCAAAGGUGAGUAUGGGCUUGGACUGUUUGAUGAAAUGCAGAAGCAGGGUAUUAGGGCAGACUCCGCCACUUUCUUUGGCGCACUGGUUUCAUGUAUCAGCGAGGGGCAUGUUGAGUUAGGGAGGAAUUAUUUCACUCGGAUGAUUGAUGAAUCCAUCAUUCCUCGCAUGGAGCACUAUGAAUGCAUGAUUGAGCUGUUCGGCAAGCAUGGAUACAUGGCUGAGCUCGAGGAGUUUGUCGACCACAUGCCGUUUGAGCCCACAUUUGCAAUGUGGCUAAGGAUCUUUGACUGCUGCAGGGAAUAUGGCAAUAGGAAAUUAGGGGAGCGGGCUGCCAAGUGCAUCAACGACAGCAAUCCCCUGACACACGUUCGAUAUGAGGCUACUCCAGACUAGGAGUGCAGUGAUGGUGGCAGUGAAGAGUCCAUGUCACUUACGAGCUUCGAAGAAGGAUUGAGGUUGCCCAUGUGAGUGCCGUGUCAUGACUAUGAGCUGAAAUGCUUAAUUGCCAAGUCAAGGAACAGACUGCAUAAGAAUUUUCAGCUGCGUAUGAACUCAUAGCAUCAGUGUUGGCAAGACUUACCCUCGACAAGCGAUUGAGCUGAAGACAGGGUCUUUGGGCUGAACACGGAGCUCGUGUUUUAUGUAAUUGACAUAUAACAACGUGUCCUCGAGCUUUCCUCUCAGAUGACUGAUGAGUAUGAAUUGGAGCUCAGUUUGGUGA